UGACACUCCUGCUCGUGAGGAUGCUGCUGCCCACACUUGCCCUGCUGCUGGGCACAGCCCUGGCCUUCGCACCCGGACCGAGGAUCACCUGGGAGCACAGAGAGGUGAAGCUGCUGCACUUCCGGGAGCCUGGCAUCUUCAACUACUCCGUCCUGCUCCUGAAUGAGGCCGAGGACACCUUGUACGUGGGGGCCCGGGAAGCCGUGUUCGCCCUCAGCGCCCUGGACGUCUCCCAGAAGCUGCACGAGGCUUAUUGGAAGGUCUCAGAAGAUAAGAAAGCAAAAUGCGCAGAGAAGGGGAAAUCCAAGCAGACCGAGUGUCUCAACUACAUCCGGGUUCUGCAGCCGCUGGGCACUGGAGCCUUGUACGUGUGCGGCACUAACGCCUUCCAGCCCACCUGUGACCACCUGAACUUAACAUCUUUCCAGUUCCUGGGGAGAAAUGAAGACGGCAAAGGCAGGUGUCCGUUUGACCCAGCCCAGAGCUACACAUCCGUGAUGGUCGAUGGAGACCUUUAUUCUGGGACGUCCUACAACUUCUUGGGGAGUGAACCCAUCAUCUCCCGGAAUUCUUUGCAGCACAGCCUCUUGAGGACCGAAUAUGCGAUUCCGUGGCUGAAUGAGCCCAGCUUCGUGUUUUCGGACGUGGUGCGGGAGAGCCCCGACAGCGCCACAGGCGGGGACGACCGCGUGUACUUCUUCUUCACUGAGGUGUCUGUGGAGUACGAGUUCGUUGUCAAGCUCCUGAUCCCCCGUGUCGCGAGGGUGUGCAAGGGGGACAAGGGUGGCCAGCGCACCCUGCAGAAGAAAUGGACGUCCUUCCUCAAGGCGCGGCUGGUGUGCUCCAGGCCCGACAGCAGCCUGGUCUUCAACGUGCUGCAGGACGCGUUUGUGCUCCGGGCCCCCGACCUGAAGGAGCCCGUGUUCUACGGGGUUUUCACGCCGCAGCUGAACAACGUGGGAUUGUCGGCUGUGUGUGCGUACAACCUGUCCACGGUGGACGCCGUCUUCUCGCAGGGGAAGUACAUGCAGAGCGCCACAGUGGAGCAGUCGCACACCAAGUGGGUGCGCUACAGCGGCACCCUGCCCUCGCCAAGGCCCGGGGCGUGCAUCGACAACGCGGCACGGGCCGCCAACUUCUCCAACUCCCUCAGCCUGCCUGACAAGACCCUGCAGUUCGUCAAGGACCACCCGCUCAUGGAUGACUCCGUGACCCCAGCGGACAACAGGCCACGGCUCAUCAAGAGUGGCGUGAACUACACGCAGAUCGCCGUGGACCGGACCCGCGCCCUGGACGGGACGGCCUACGACGUGUUGUUUGUCGGCACAGACCGCGGCGCCCUGCACAAGGCCGUCAGCCUGGAUGGGGAGGCCCACAUCAUCGAGGAGACGCAGCUGUUCCGGGACCCGGAACCCGUGCAGACGCUGCUACUGUCCUCUGGGAAGGGCCAGAAGUUCGUUUACGCAGGCUCCAAUGCAGGUGUGGUGCAGGUGCCCGUGGCCUUCUGUAGGAAGCACGGUUCCUGCCAGGACUGUGUGCUGGCCAGGGACCCCUACUGUGCCUGGAGCCAGGCCGAGGCUGCCUGCGUGCCCCUGCACGAGACCCACGGCUCCCACAGGUCUCUGAUACAAGACAUGAGCGGGGACGUGUCCAGCUGCCCAGAUAAAGUGAAAGAAAGUUUCCGGCAGCAUUUUUUCACGCACGGCAGCACGGCCGAACUCAAAUGCUCCCAAAAGUCCAACCUGGCCCGGGUGGUGUGGAAGUUCCAGAACGGGGUGCUGGCGGCUGAGAGCCCCAAGUACAGCUUCCUGGGCAGGAAGAAUCUGCUCAUCUUCAACCUGUCUGAGGGGGACAGCGGGGUAUACCGGUGCCUGACUGAGGAGAAAGUCCGCAACAGGACGGUCGAGCAGCUGGUGGCCAGGCACGUCCUGGAGGUCCUCGUGCCCCUGCCGACCACGCCGGCCUCCCACCCGUCGGCCGCCCCCACAGAAAGCAGGAGGCUCACCCCCAGGGUGUCCGAGCGGCCCACCCAGGGCUCCUUGCUGCAGACCCCCACUCCGCGGGCCCCCACGCCGAGUGCCGCCGACCUGCCGGACGGCUCCGCGCCCACCAGCACCGCCUGCGAGCCCAGGAUCGUCAUCAACACAGUUCCCCAGCUGCACUCGGAGAAGACGCUGUACCUCAAGGCCGGCGACAACCACCUGCUCAUGUUCCUCUUCCUCUUCUUCUUCCUCCUCUGCCUGGGCCUCUUCUCCUACAACUGCUACAAGGGCUACCUGCCCAGCCAAUGCCUCAAGUUCCGCACGGCCAUGCUGCUGGGCAAGAAGCAGCCAGCGCCCGACUUCUCGGACUGCGAGCAGAGCGUGAAAGAGACGCUGGUGGAGCCAGGCAGCUACUCGCAGCACAACGGCGGGCAGCCGAGGCCAGCCCUGGACACGGGCUACGAGACGGAGCAGGACACCAUGGCCAGCCGGGCACCCACCGACCGCGAGGACUCGCAGAGGCUGGACGACCUCCCCAUCCGGGACCGGCCCUUCGACGUCAAAUGCGAGCUCAAGUUCGCUGACUCGGACGCCGACGGGGACUGAGGCUCAGCCCUGGUGGCCGGUUGUCUUCCUGCCCCGCCCCCUGCCCCCCCCCCCCCCCCCCGCCCACCGGGGGUCUGCAAACCUCCAUCUUCUGUGUCUCUUUCUCUUGGGUCAAGCGUGUGACGUGGUGUCUUUGUCCUCUGGGAAGACGGCGAGCCCGCCCGGCCGCAGGGGCACGGGGAGUGCAGGGGAUGCAGGGUGGGGGUCCUCACGCCGGGGUGGGCACUGUGGGACCACCAGGGGCGUGGGAGGCCCCCACCCUCGAGUCUGCCCCUGCUCCCCCCCCCCCCCCAUGGCAGCCACUGAACGAUAAUUUAAUUCCAGAUUGGAAGUGACGUUUUAGUUUAUCAGAUUGGUAACUUAUCUGUUGCCCAGAUUGGCAUGAACCUUUUCUUCCCUGUUUUAUUUGUUUGUUUGUUUGUUUGUUUGUUUGUUUUUUGGAUUAGGCUUUCCUUGUCUUGGUCUGUUUGCUGUUCGUUUCAGUUUUUGUUCCUUUAAUUGCUGAAGCGUAGACGCUUUCUUCUUCCGAAGAGAGACCUCCUGGAGAUUUUUUUUUCUUCCGUCAGGAUAAGAUAGGGCUUAAGUUGUUUCAGAUUCUCAGGGAUAAACUUAUUUUUGCUAAAAUGCAUUCUUUCUGCUUUUCUAGAAAUCCAAACAAAACCCAUCUCUCGAGAACACAGGCAACUUUUUUUUUUUUAAAAAAAAAACAUUUUCAUUGAUUUGGUUCCUUAAAGGAAAUUUGGUUUUCAGAGAGAUUUCCUUUCCGUACUCUUCGUUGUUGUUGUCAUUCUCUUCUUUGAGGUUUUUCCAAGAUGGAGAGUUGGGGAGGGGGCGCCUCUGCCAAGGCUGGCGGGGGUGGGGGGACUCUAGGGUCAGCCCAGCUUCAGGCACAAGAGUGUCCCUUGCGCCCCAGGUCAGUGGGACUUGUCAGGUCAUCCCAGUGCCGCCACCUGCUCCUCCCUCACCCCCACUGUCCCCCGCUCACUCUCAUGUGCUGUCCCCUUGGGAACCUGCUCGGAGGCCUGGGGUACCCCCCGGUGCCUGUACCGGGUGCCGCGUCCCCCAGGCUGAGCAAGGAGCGACCGGCCCUGCUGUGUGCGCCCGCGGUGGGGGUGGGGCCUCUCCCAGCUCCGUGCCCUGCGACUGUUUUAGUGUCAACGUUUGUUCGUGUUUUAUAAGAUUUACUUUGUUUUUAUUUUUCUACCUGGAAUUGUAUACAUUUGCAAAGUAAUCAAAUAAACUAGACACUUAUAUCCUG